AAUUAUGCCUCCACUCCAUUAGGUUCGCCCUGUGUCGGUCAUCCCUCUCCCCUUCUCUUCUAUUCCUGCGUCCCUUUCCACAACGCUGUCUCGUUCUCUAGCUCACUAGCUUUGACCGUUUUCCAGGCUCUAGCCACCCCUGUGUCCCCCAGCGAUCCCCCACCAUGGGCUCCCACUCCCACCUCGGCCAAGCACUACAAGCCCACCACCACCACCACCACCACCACCGCGGCGGCGAGUGCGAGCCAGCGACGGCGGCGGCGGCGAGGUCGCGGUGGGCGCCCAAGCCGGAGCAGAUCCUGAUCCUGGAGUCCAUCUUCAACAGCGGCAUGGUGAACCCGGCCAAGGACGAGACGGCGCGCAUCCGCCGCCUGCUCGAGCGCUUCGGCGCCGUCCGCGACGCCAACGUCUUCUACUGGUUCCAGAACCGCCGGUCCCGGUCGCGGCGCCGCGCCCGCCAGCUGCAGCAGCAGCAGGCCGGCUCGGGCCCGCAGCACCCAACCGCCGCCGCAGCCGCCGGCCACGUCCACGGCGCCAACGCCAACGACGGCGUGUCACUCUACGCCAUGCACGGGCACGCUGGCCAGCAGCAGCAGGCGCGCGCCGCCGGCCUGCCCGCGGUCGCGCCGGUGGUGCUGCCGCCUGCCGCCGUCGCGUCGUCGCCCCGCUUCUUCGGCGACGAAAUCGAUACUGACGGCGGGGACGACCUCUUCGCCAUCUCCCGGCAAAUGGGGCUCAUGUCGCGCGGCGGCGAGCAGCAUGGUUGCGGCUACGUGGCUAACAACGACGCCUCCCAGUCCCACCUGCUGAGCUACCAACCAACUGGGACGGCGACGACGGCGGCGGCGGCGUAUAUCCAGGUGUCCAUCAACGGCGUGGUGUACGAGGUGCCAGGCGCCGGGGCAUUGCUGGACUUGGCAGGCACGUUCGGGCGCGAUGCGAUGCUGGUCCACUCCUCCGGCGAGAUCCUACCGGUGAACGAGAACGGCGUCCUCAUGAAGAGCUUGCAGAUGGGGGAAUGCUACUACCUGGUUUCGAAAUCUACUUAAUAACCAGCUGCUGCUUGUUGCCUGCUGCUGCGUAUUAUGAUGAUUUGAGUAAUGUGCUAGUAAGAAGCAUGUAACGACAAUUGAUGAGUAGAUUGUUAAGUCGUCCAUAUGUUAUACUAUCUUAGUUCUCGAA